GGUGACGCGGCGACGCCGGCGGAGCGCGCUGAUGUGUCCCGGAAGUGCCGCGCCGGGCCGGGCCGGGACAGCCGUGCCGUCAUGCCGCUGAAGGCCGUGAUCCUCAUCGGGGGCCCGCAGAAGGGCACCCGCUUCCGGCCGCUCUCCUUCGAGGUGCCCAAGCCGCUGUUCCCCGUGGCCGGCGUGCCCAUGGUGCAGCACCACAUCGAGGCGUGCGCCAAGGUGCCCGGCCUGAAGGAGAUCCUGCUGAUGGGCUUCUACCAGCCCCACGAGGCCCUCGGCCGCUUCCUGGCGGCGGCCCAGCAGGAAUUCAGGAUUCCCAUCAGGUACCUCCAGGAGUACGCGGCCCUGGGCACGGCUGGGGGCAUCUACCACUUCCGUGACCAGAUCCUGGCAGGUGGUGCUGACGCAUUCUUCGUCCUCAACGCGGACGUGUGCUCCGAGUUCCCCUUGCAGGAGAUGCUGGACUUUCGGCAGCAGCACGGGGACACGGACAGCUUCGUCAUCCUGGGCACCACGGCCAACAGGACCCAGGCUCUGAAUUAUGGCUGCAUUGUGGCCAACGCGGACACGCAGGAGGUUCAGCACUACGUUGAGAAGCCCAGCACGUUUGUCAGUGAGAUCAUCAACUGUGGCAUCUAUCUGUUCACACCAGCCAUCUUCCAGCACAUUGGCGAGGUCUUCCAAAGGAACCAGCAGGAGCUAGCGCUCGAGGAGAGCUCCAAUGGCUGGCAGCGUGCUGAAGUGAUCCGGCUGGAGCAGGAUGUGUUCACGGCCCUGGCUGGAAGCGGUAAACUCUACGUCUACAAAACUGAUGGGUUCUGGAGCCAGAUCAAAUCAGCUGGCUCUGCUAUCUAUGCCAGUCGCCUCUAUCUGAACCAGUACAGCCAAGGUCACCCAGAGAGGCUGGCCCAAAACAAACCUGGAGGCCCCAUCAUCCGAGGGAAUGUGUACAUCCACCCUACAGCUUCUGUUGACAGCACAGCAGUGCUAGGCCCCAACGUCUCCAUUGGGGAAGGAGUGACAGUGGGAGCUGGUGUGCGCAUACGUGAGUCCAUCAUCCUGCAUGGGGCCUCACUGCACGACCACACCUGUGUCCUCAAUACCAUUGUGGGCUGGGACAGCACCAUUGGGCGCUGGGCCCGGGUUGAAGGGACACCCAGCGACCCCAACCCCAACGAUCCCUAUGCCAAAAUUGACAGCGAGACACUCUUCCGUGACGGCCGCCUCACGCCUUCCAUCACAAUCCUGGGCUGCAGCGUCACCAUCCCUGCUGAGGUUGUUAUUCUCAAUUCCAUCGUCCUUCCUCACAAGGAGCUGAGCCGCAGCUACAAGAACCAGAUCAUCCUGUGAGUCAGCUGCUUGCUGGGGUGGGGUGGCCUCUGCCAGCCCCCAGAUAGGGCUUCACCUCCUGGGGACUCCCAGCACCCCAGAGAGCCAGGCAUGGGAGCCUUGCAAGUGCCUGAAGCCAGCUCCAGAUAGACAUUAAAAGCUGGUGAGCCAUCAGCCUCGCGUGCUGCUUCUCUUGCAGCCCAGGGGUCUGGGUGAGGCUUUGGGCCUACACAGGGCCCUUGGCUCCAGGCCAGCUGCUGGCUGAGCAGAACAUCUGCUCCCUGCAGCAUCUUAGGUCCUGAACUCUGGGUACUGCCAUACCAAAGGGCACUACCAGCAUGGCCUUGCCCUGGAAAACUUGGUACUCCAGCCCCAGCUCUUCAGCAGCUGCUCUAACUUCUCAUAAGGUGUUGGCUCACCCCAGAGGAGCUCUGAAUGUGCCUGUUCUGCCCAGACACCCCUCCCAGCAUGAGCCUGGUGGGAGGAUUCAGCAGUGUGAUUGCAACAGCCUGAGCUGGGCUUCUGCCUACCAUGGGGCAACACCAGCAGCAUUGGGCUGGUCUGGCAGCUCUGGAUGUGACAGCAAGCUCUGUCACAUCACUGCUGGCCCUGGAGGUAGCUGUGAAAGUACCCACUCCCAUAGAAGCACCUUCAUACAAAGGCUCGGUGUGAGGCAGAGCUGGCAGCCUGUGCUCUCAUCAGGCUGUAACCUGUACAGAUUGCAGCAAGGCAAUGGCUCCCUGCCUUCCUGAGGGCCAACAUGGGGCCUCAUUGCAUGCCUGCCCUUGCACCAGUGAUGGCCAUAGGGCACAGGAGCAAUCAUCUCAGUUGUGUGUAGGGGGCAGAGAUCUACCACCUUGCACCGCCUUGCUGUGGCUUGUAAAACCUGUUCUUAUUGAAGGCAGCUCACUGCUGAUCCUGGCACACAGUAGAAACCAGUGCUGCCCUUUAUCCACUUAUCUCCCUGCCUUCCCUCCAUGUCAUGCAGCUCUGCGCUAAAGCCCUGCGUGCUGCCGAGGGCACAUCACGCCUCACUUCCCACCAGGCACUGCAUUAGGGAUUCUCCAUCCAUCCCAUACCACCCCAGCUGGAUGGAUUUGCAGCAAAUCCUUGCUCCCAGCUUUGUGCAUUCCUUUGCCAGUUCUGCUGUGGUCCUGGGUGGGGAUUAGCUGUUCCCUGACUUUAAGCACAUUAAACUCUUUCAGUUUUGCCUCUGCCUUG